AAUUACAUUUAAUAAUCAUCUAAUGAAUAAUAUCGUAAAUUUGGCGUUGUUGUUUGGGAAGGCAUCAGCCAAUGAGCGCGGCGAGGGGCGGAGCCUCAUAGUGUAACGUGCAGCUGAAUAACGGAUGGUGAUGCAGUACCAGCACGCGUCAGUCAGCAUCACCAAACAUCACACACACAGAUGGACUGUACGAUCAGCUCUCAUCUUACUGUACAUCCCGAUCACCUGCACCAGAGUUACAGUCUGAAAUUACAGGUGUCAAAACAUUGCCAUGCUGCCAUUUCACCAACAUUGAUGCUUCAUUUGUGACCCUGGACCACAGUCAUCAGGAUGAAGUCUACAGAUGUGGAUCCAGGGCUCUUCACAGACAGCUACUGCAAAGUAUGCAGCGCACAGCUUAUCUCUGAGUCACAGAGAGUCGCCCACUAUGAGAGUCGGAAGCAUGCAAACAAAGUUCGGCUGUAUUACAUGUUACACCCGACGGAUGGCGGCUGUCCUGCAAAGAAACUCCGGACAGAUAAUGGCAGUACGGAUGGAGAUGUAGAUAAGAACAAAUGUUGCACGCUGUGCAAUAUGUCCUUCACUUCAGCAGUCGUGGCCCAGUCUCACUAUCAGGGCAAGAUCCACGCCAAGAGAUUGAGGCUACUGCUGGGGCAGCCACCUGCCAUCAUAUCAAAAGAGGUGACAUCCAAUUCAGAACAUAUGGUGACUGAAGAUUCCCCAGGAAGCCCCUUAAGGCAGGGCAGACUUUCACUUCGCUACUGCCAGAUGUGCAAGGCCUGGUUCAACAACCCCGGCAUGGCCAGACAACACUACGACGGCAAAAAACACAGGAAAAACGCAGCUCAAGCAAACCUCCUCGCACAGCUGGGCAAGAAUCUGAAAAACGGAGAGGAACUGAACGACCUGAAGCGGAGUCACACAUGUGAAGUUUGCCAUGUUACACUAAACUCUGUAGCACAAUACCACGCACAUCUGCAGGGCUCCAAACAUCAAAACAACUUGAAGAACAAAUGAAGGUUCAUUGGUUUUCUUCAAAUACUACAGCACUACUCUUGAAACCAUUUGAGGGUCUUUCUUCCCCUCUGCGUCAAACUUAUGUUAUGACCAGAGAAGACAUGGAUUUACGAUAUCUUGACUUAUGAUAACAGACAGUGAUAUGGACACUAAAAAUACAAAAAACAUUGGAUGGAUUGUGAUAAGCCAUUUGGGUAAGUUUGUAUGUAAAAAUGCAACAUUUUUAAGUAUAUGUGACCCUGUCUGUAAAAUCCAAGCUAAAGUCUUAAUCUUAUUAUGAGAUUAGAAGCAUCAAAGCUCAAAGGCAGGAUAGGCAGGAAUUAUCUAAAAAAC